GUGCCCGCCCCUCCCCAGAGAAGAGUGUCCAGCUCCUCCAGAGGCUGCCCGCCCGCCGCUCCUUCCCUGCCCACCUACUAUGAGGAGCAGCUCCUCCCACCUGCCCAUAAAAGCCAAGUGCAUGUUACCAGCAGCGGAUCACAGCCCUUCCCCGAUCCUCUCCGUGGGAGCCAGCGAGCCUCUCUCCCUGAUCUUACGUGCUCAAGUUUCUGCAUGAUCUUAGAAAUUUGCCAAAUAUAAACCUGUCAACGUGAAGUUAAGAAGUGAGACUCACCCGUCCCUGCACAGUCUGUACUAUUCCCUUUCGCAAUAGGUAUUUUUUCUACCUUUUCUCUCUGUCUCAUGUUAUGGAAUUGUAGAGUCUUUUUAUUAAUUCUCCUAUGUUGGUUUUCCAUUUAGAAUUCUUCCUCUGAUACCUUUCCACAUAGUGUAAAUGAUUUUGUUUUCAAUCCAUACAUACAGAACUUUCCUCUGGAUACUAAAAGCCUAUGGCCAAAUCAUGUCGAUUUUAUUUAUUUAAGUCUAUAAUAUGGUAAUAAAUAGAGUAAGUUCUUAAUAAGAGUGCUAGUUUAUUUACCAUGGCAGUUCUCUGUGAUUAAAUAAAUAUGAAUAUAAUAGUCAGACUACUUUACCCAUGUGAGGCACAUAGCAAGGGAGUUGGCAACAUUUUUAACCAUAUAAGAGGUUUUAUUUUUAUCUUUGUUGUUUUCAAUAUUACAUAAAAUACUUUUGGCUCUAAUAAAUCUUAAUAUUAUCUCCCUCAUCAAGUAGUAGGACAAAAUCUCCUAGAGGUAGCUAGUUUUGAAAAAUCCACACAAAACCAAAAUCAUUGUAAUCAAUUGUAACCAAGCAUCAACUCACUUAAUCAGAACUAAUCACACAGCCCUAAAUAAGUCCUAAAAUUUCCCAGACAAUGCAUAGUAAAUUUAAACAGCACGUCGCAUCCUCAAAAUAAUAAUAGAACCAUUUUUUACCAUUAGUUACAUUUUUUACCAAAGACCUGCAGACAUCUUUUAAUAUAAUUUACUACAAUACACUAUGUAAUACUAAUGAUACAUUUCAUUCAAUUUAGUGUAAACCUUGUUAACAAUGUAUGAAAACGAAGAAAAGAGAACAAUAAAGUAGCUAAUCACUUAUUUCACUCCAAGUUGCUUUAUUUAAUAGAUUUCAGAGAGAGUAAAUUUAGAGAAAGAUUGAAUUCACAAAGGAGGAAAGACCCUGGGGAGAGGGUCUUAUGAAAACCAGAAGUCAAAGAAAUGCCUUCCUUAUCCUAUCCUAAGAAGAACAGUGAAGAUUCAGUAGGAGGUCUCUCAAGGCCCAGAGGCAAAGGAAUACAGUCUUCAGAGCAAGAGAACAUUAAGAGCAAGUGGACUGGACCACACAGUGGGCACUCCAGCUAUAAGUGCUCAGUGUGAUCAUUACAAUGACUUUGGCUGAGCUCUAUAACUGCUCAUCUCUUAUUACUUUUUUUCUUUUUUAAGACAGGGCCUCACUCUGUCGCCCAGUGGUGUGAUCACAGCUCACUGUGGCCUCAGCCUCCCUAGCCUUAGGUGAUCCUCCCAUCUCAGCCUCCCAAGUAGGUGGGACUACAGGCACAUGCCACCAUGCCUGGCUAAUUUUUGUUUGUUUGUUUUUGGGGGGGUUCUGUUUGUUUGUUUUUGAGACAGAGUCUCACUCUUGCUGCCCAGGCUGCAGAGCAAUGACACGAUCUUGGCUCACUGCAACCCCUGCCUCCCUCCCAAAGUGCUGGGAUUACAGGCAUGAGCCAUCGCACCCGGCCAAUUUUUUUGUUUUUUAUAGAGUAGGGAGUUUCGCUAUGUUGCCCAGGCUGGUCUUGAACUCCUGCACUCAAGCGAUCCUCCUGCCUUAGUCUCCCAAAGUGCUGGGAUUACAGGCAUGAGCCACGGCAUCCGGCCUGUAACUCUCCAUCUCUGAAAAUCCAAAGGCAAUGUGGAGCCACCUAGCGGCAGACCAACCAAUGGUUUCCAGGUCAAAGAAUUAAAAUUCAAGUCUUUCCUCAACUACUUAUUGCCUUUUUGACAUUAGACAAGUCACUGAAACUCUUUUAGCCCAUAUUUCCUAAUCUGCAAAAUAUUGAUAAUAAUAGUGUUUGUGCUAAGGAUUGUAAGAUAAUGGAGGCAAAAAGCACUUUGUGUGCUGUUAGGCAUCAUGCAAAUGUUACUUAUCCUUAUCUGUUCAUGUGUGUGUGUGGGUAAAACUUUCACAUGUCACAAAUGGAGAGUAGAUGAGAGAAUUGCACUCCAUGUGAUGAGGUUGAGAGUGGGGAGCUAUGCCUGGGCAGGAGGCUGCGGAUGUGCACACCAGAGCACUAGGUGCUGGCAGUAUAAGACUCUGCUGUGCUCUUAAUAUCAUCCAACUGCUUGCACACAUAGCUGAUACAGACCAGGGAAAACUGACACCAUCUUUAUUCAGGGUUCAAACUGAAAAGCAGCAUUUCAGUGAGGAUUUGGUGAGAAAUGUAUUAUACUAAUAACAUUAUAAUAACAACCAACUUAACAUAGUUGUAAAAAUUAAUGAAACCAUUUAAGCAAGAGCAUAAUAAAUGUUUAUCAUUUUGGGAAUUUUGCAAAUAGGUGUUCAGCUACUGUCACAAUAGUUCCUUGUACUCUGCAUCUUCCAACAUACUUGAUGGAUUAUUAUCCCCAUAAAGUGCCUGUAAAAGAAAGCAGCACAAGAGAGUUGGCUUAUUUAGGAUUCUAUCGACCAGCUGUUACAUCCACCAGCACUUCACCCGUAUGAUCAUCAAUAUUCAUGCAAAAUCCCAAAAUGCCUCCCAAACCUUUAAGGGAAUAAAAUGUUCCAAAUAGCUAUAGAUUUAGCUGUGUUUUGUGUUUUAAUACAAUGAAAAUAUGAAAUCUAUUUAUGUUAUAUGUGGAAACACAUAUCUACUCUCAAAUUAUGCCAAAUGAUAAUGUAUUUCUUGCUUACUGUUGUAACAAACCACCACAAAUUUAGUGUCAUCGAACAACACAAAUUUAGUAUCUUACCAUUCUGGAGAUCAGAAAUCCACAAAAGUUUUACAGAGCUAAAACCAAGGUGUCAAUAAGGCUGCAUUCCUUCCGAUGGCUCCUGGGGCAAAUGUUUCCUUGUCUUUCCAGCUUCUGAAGCUGCCUGCAUUUUUUAUCUUGUGGACUCUUCUUCCAACUUCAGAGCGCAUCGUUCCAACCUCUGCUUUCGGCAUCACAUCUUCCUUUCUGACUUUUACCCUCCCUCUAUAAGAACCCUGGUGAUCAGAUUGGGCCCACCCAAGCAAUCCAGGAUAGUCACCCCAUCUCAGGAUCUCAAGAUCCUUAACUUAAUACACCUGCAAAGUCCCCUUUGCCAUGGAAAACAAUACAUUCAUAGAUUCUGGGGAUUGAGACAUGAACAUUUUGGGAGGUUCAUUAUUCAGCAUACCACGGCUAGUUUACUGUAUUAUUAUUACUUCAUCUCUGAAGGAAAAUAAUGCAUUGGCAGCAUUAAAAAUUUUGUUCAAAUAUGCCCAAUGAGCCCGUGUGAUUGAGCUUCGUAAUCAUCAUGUUCAAUUCUUCCUGCCUAAGUCAGGCCAACUCAGGAUUUCUCACCCUCAGCACUAUUGAAAUUUGGACCAGAUAUUUCUUUGCUGUAGGAGGCUGACCUGUGCAUUGUGAGAGUUUUAGAAACAUCCCUGGACUUUUACUAGAUGCCCAUAGACAUUCUCCCCUCCCCAGCUGUGACAAUCAAAAGUGUCUCCACACAUAGCCAAAUGUCCCAUAGAUGGACAAAAAUCACCCUCAGUAGAGAACCACUAUUCUACACAGAAAGCAGCCAAAUUAUUGUAAUGGCCCCUUUAAGGCAAUAACUCUUAGAAAGCAAAAGAUCCAGCGAUAUUAAUUAAUGACUAAUUUAAAAGGGCAAGUGUAAGUCAUUUAUCUCAGCAUUUUUGGCUAAAUUUACUACUAAUUUUAUUUGUCCAAGGAAGUCAGAGUUGAGUUUUAUUCACUGACACUAACUCAUCUACAUGGCCUGUUCGAGUGCAGGGUUACACAUGAGGCAUUUAAUUAUUUGGAUAUCAGACUAAGAGUAGAAACUUAGUAUGCAACAUCUCCAAAAGCUGUGAGCCCUUAGUGGCAGGAAUCAAGUCAUACUGUCUUUGUUUCCACAGACCAUAAUCUCCUCAAUCUUAACCCAGCAUUAUUUCCAUUACACUGUGAUUGUUCUCAGGCACAGAGGUGAUAGCAUCUCUAAAAAGAUACAGACCAGGCCCUGGAACCCAUUUCUUGGUUAAUCCCCUAGGCAUUAAUUCCCAAGCUUUAGUCAUUUGUACACUUCUUUUCAUAAUUUUUGCCAUUAUUUAUUUGGAAUUUAUCUUUAAAUUGACUUACUUUUCUAAACAUAAAUACUACUUUAGCAAUAUGUAAUUCUUCUAAAACACAUUAAAUUAAAUAUAUGGCUAUAAAUUAUUUAACAUUCAUCCAUGUGCCAUAUGAUACUUUGAAAAACACAGACCUGGAUGCAACCAACAACAGCAAAGCCUGAAUUUUUAACUUUGAACUCUAAAAAUGUCUUCCCAUCUAUUCAACUUCCUCACAGACGAGAGAACAGCAAAGGACAGUGAACCAAACUGCUCAUGGAGAAAUGCUGAAAGCGGUCACACCCAGAAAGACAAACUCGGGCUACUGUUUACACACUUUACCUAAAAAUCUUCCUUUUUAUUUUUCUUUAAAAUAUGACAGUUAAAAUGCAUGCCCUUAAAAAACAGCAUUUCCAAACAAUUUGUACUGACACAUUCCACAUAAGACAUCAGCCCGAUAACUAUAGACAAAGCAAACUGAAAAAUUAGCAUUUCGCAAAGUGUAUGCCACCGUUUGUUAGUUCUACAGGAUCUUAAUAGGCAUUACAUGAGGAAGAGUGGGUGGAGAAUGGGGUAAGAUCUGUGGUCAAAUAGGAUUAGGAAAUGUUAUUAAACAAAGUUAAAAUGACAUUUAUUAUAAAACUUCUGAUACUUUAAUAUUCUUCUGUGCUUUGUGAAACUUAAAGGAAAAUAUAUAUUUAUCAGUCAGUCCUAAAUUUAUGUGAUAAAAAACAUUUUUUUCUCUAAGAGCAUUUCAUGAGACUAAUGUCCUAAGGAAUGUGUUUUGGGAAAUCCUGAUCUAUCUAGAUUAGAAAAAAUUUUAUUUUCCUCAGAUGAAGGUGGGAACAAAUUCUAGGGUAAUGGAUAUUUUAAAAUGCAUUCUACGUUAGUUUUUAAAGUCCCUAGAGGUACAGGCUGUCUUUUCUUGAUUAACUUUGUUAAUCACUGCCUUGCACCCCCAGGGACUCAAAAAAUAUUAUUGGAUAUGGAUGAUGAACAUGAAAGACAAUGUGGCAGCUAUUUUACUGGUGGUAGCAUGGUUUGUAUUGGCUACCUCUUUGCUUUGAGAAGUAAUUAACUUUCAUUUUAUCUUAACUCAUAAUGUUCCACAGAAUGUGGGCCCUAGUAAUCUAAAAACAAUCUUUGUUGUAGCUGAUAUCACCUGAGGAGCAUAAAUGGACAGCUGUUAAAAUUCAUGGAAUCAGCAAACAGGAUAUUUUCCCUGGAGGACUCUUACUUCCUCUCUGUGCACAAUGCACAAACCUGCAAGGGGAAUUCUAAAUGGAGAUUAAAGCCAUGAAAUUAGUUAAUGUAACAAAUUUAAUUUUCCUAACAACCACAGUUGACCCCUGAACAAUGUGGAUUUGAAUUGCAAGGGUCUGCUUACACAUGAAUUUUUUUCAACCAAGCACAGCUUGAAAAUUCAGUGUUCACAGGAUACCAAAAGGCUGACUUUUCCUGUAUGCAAGUUCUGCAGGGCUGAUGGCGGGCUUGAGCAUGCACGAAUUUCUAGAACCAAUCCCCUGGGUAUACCAAGGGAUGACUGUGUUGCCUAUGGUUUGAGGUGAAAUUGUGAAAGUGAAUGAGAUAAUGUGGCCAAAAUACUGAGCCCAGAACACCUUCUAAGACAGGUGAACCACAAAAUGUCAUCCUCAAAUGGCUUUUAGCAGCAGAAGCCAUAUGAGAGAUAUAGCAAGUGAUAUUGUCAUCAAACUGAUAGUCAUGAUACCAUGAAUUCUUAUAUAGGGUGUACUACCCAACUGUUGUGUGAGCUUGGGUAAAUCACUUUGCUUUUCUAGGACCCAGUUUCACCUAUGGAAUGAGAAAGUUGGGGAAGAAGUCAUCUAGCAUCUUGCUACUCAAAGUGUGGUCCAUGGACCAGCAGCAUCAGCAUCACCUGGGAUCUUCUUGGAAGAAAUGUAGAAACUCAGGCCUCACCCCAGAAUCUGCCUUUUUAUAAGACCCCCACGUGGGCCAGUACACAGAAGCUGUUGUGAAGGCAGAGCAGCAUCUGCUGAAGAGACAGAAACCAGCCCCAGAGGUGUCACAGGAAGGCACCAGCAAGGACAUUGGUCUUUGACUCAGCAGUCCUGUCAAGUAUAAAUGUGAUGGCCGUGCUGCCUGGCCCUCUGCAGCUGCUGGGAGUGCUGCUUACCAUUUCCCUGAGUUCCAUCAGGCUCAUUCAGGCUGGUGCCUACUAUGGGAUCAAGCCGCUGCCACCUCAAAUUCCUCCUCAGAUGCCACCACAAAUUCCACAAUACCAGCCCCUGGGUCAGCAAGUACCUCACAUGCCUUUGGCCAAAGAUGGCCUUGCCAUGGGCAAGGAGAUGCCCCACUUGCAGUAUGGCAAAGAGUAUCCACACCUACCCCAAUAUAUGAAGGAAAUUCAACCGGCGCCAAGAAUGGGCAAGGAAGCAGUACCCAAGAAAGGCAAAGUAGAAAUACCAUUAGCCAGUUUACGAGGGGAACAAGGUCCCCGUGGAGAGCCUGGCCCAAGAGGACCACCUGGGCCCCCUGGUUUGCCAGGUCAUGGGAUACCUGGAAUUAAAGGAAAACCAGGGCCACAGGGAUAUCCAGGAGUUGGAAAGCCAGGUAUGCCUGGAAUGCCAGGGAAGCCAGGAGCCAUGGGCAUGCCUGGGGCAAAAGGAGAAAUUGGACAGAAAGGGGAAAUUGGGCCUAUGGGGAUCCCAGGACCACAAGGACCUCCAGGGCCUCAUGGACUUCCUGGCAUUGGGAAGCCAGGUGGGCCAGGGUUACCAGGGCAACCAGGACCAAAGGGUGAUCGAGGACCCAAAGGACUACCAGGACCUCAAGGCCUUCGGGGUCCUAAAGGAGACAAGGGCUUCGGGAUGCCAGGUGCACCAGGUGUAAAGGGGCCUCCAGGGAUGCACGGCCCUCCCGGCCCUGUUGGACUGCCAGGAGUGGGCAAACCAGGAGUGACAGGCUUCCCUGGGCCCCAGGGCCCCCUGGGAAAGCCAGGGGCUCCAGGAGAACCUGGGCCACAAGGCCCUAUUGGGGUACCAGGGGUUCAAGGACCUCCUGGGAUACCCGGAAUUGGAAAGCCAGGCCAGGAUGGGAUCCCAGGCCAGCCAGGAUUUCCAGGUGGCAAAGGGGAGCAAGGACUGCCAGGGCUACCAGGACCCCCAGGCCUUCCAGGGAUUGGGAAACCAGGCUUCCCAGGACCCAAAGGUGACCGGGGCAUGGGAGGUGUUCCUGGGGCUCUUGGACCAAGAGGGGAGAAAGGACCAAUAGGUGCCCCAGGAAUAGGGGGUCCUCCAGGAGAGCCAGGCCUGCCUGGAAUCCCAGGUCCUAUGGGCCCUCCAGGUGCUAUUGGUUUUCCUGGACCCAAAGGAGAAGGUGGGAUUGUAGGGCCACAGGGGCCACCAGGUCCCAAGGGUGAGCCAGGGCUUCAAGGCUUCCCAGGAAAGCCAGGUUUCCUUGGUGAAGUAGGGCCUCCUGGCAUGAGGGGUUUGCCAGGUCCCAUAGGGCCCAAGGGGGAAGCUGGGCAAAAAGGUGUACCAGGACUCCCUGGUGUUCCAGGGCUUCUCGGACCUAAGGGAGAGCCAGGAAUCCCAGGGGAUCAGGGUUUACAGGGCCCCCCAGGUAUCCCAGGGAUUGGGGGCCCUAGUGGCCCCAUUGGACCACCUGGGAUUCCAGGCCCCAAAGGGGAGCCGGGCCUCCCAGGGCCCCCUGGGUUCCCUGGUAUAGGGAAACCCGGAGUGGCAGGACUUCAUGGCCCCCCAGGGAAGCCUGGUGCCCUUGGUCCUCAAGGCCAGCCUGGCCUUCCAGGACCCCCAGGCCCUCCAGGACCUCCUGGACCCCCAGCUGUGAUGCCCCCUACACCACCACCCCAGGGAGAGUAUCUGCCAGAUAUGGGGCUGGGAAUUGAUGGCGUGAAACCCCCCCAUGCCUACGGGGCUAAGAAAGGCAAGAACGGAGGGCCAGCCUAUGAGAUGCCUGCAUUUACCGCCGAGCUAACCGCACCUUUCCCACCGGUGGGGGCCCCAGUGAAGUUUGACAAACUGCUGUAUAAUGGCAGACAGAACUACAACCCGCAGACGGGCAUCUUCACCUGUGAGGUCCCUGGUGUCUACUACUUUGCAUACCACGUUCACUGCAAGGGGGGCAACGUGUGGGUUGCUCUAUUCAAGAACAACGAGCCCGUGAUGUACACGUAUGACGAGUAUAAAAAGGGCUUCCUGGACCAGGCAUCUGGGAGUGCAGUGCUGCUGCUCAGGCCCGGAGACCGGGUGUUCCUCCAGAUGCCCUCAGAACAGGCUGCAGGACUGUAUGCCGGGCAGUAUGUCCACUCCUCCUUUUCAGGAUAUUUAUUGUAUCCCAUGUAAAAACAAAAAACAAAAAACAAAGAAAAGAAAGAGAUUUUAUAGAAGAAAAUGACACACCAAAAAAUCGAAAUGAAAAACAUAAUUGCUUCAAAACAUUUAUACAGUUGGAAAGUUAUAUGUAAGUGAAAAUUUGGACCAUCGUGUACAAAUAAAAACUAAGAUGCAUGUUUAAUACUCCACACAGCAGCCUGUAAUUGCGAAUGAUGGGAUAGAUUUAUGUAUCAAGUACUGACACUUGGUUGUACCCACUGGAAUCAUAUUAGCUGUUUUAUGUUAUAUGCUUCCACAAUAACCUGCUUAUUCAGAUCAGUCAAAAUAUAUCAGUAUGAAAGAUCAUAGCUAAUGAAAGGCACUCACUCAUAUUGUUUACUUUAAAAUAUAAAUAUGCCUUAAAGAAAUACAAAUGAUAACAAUUACAUACCGUAUUUACUUGCUUAAUUUCCUCUGUAUUUGUGUAGAUACUUUGACAUGGAAUAUAUGGUGGGGAGACCAGUAGUGUUACCGCCCCAGUGGGAGGGGGCCCUGGGGACCCUGGUAAUGCUUUAGUCAAAGGGAUAUCUCUCUUGUAUCAGAGGCUGUGUCUUUUAGUAACAGGAGUCCUCGUCAGAAUUGCGUGUCUGUUGUCUCUAAAAGAAUGGGUGAACCAAUCGGCCUUUGUGAAUUUAUUCAGUGCCUUCUCUGUACCAAGCACUGGGUAAGGCACUUUUAUGAAGCAUUAGACAGUAACCCUCAAGGAGCUAGAGAACCGGAUGGGAGACAUGAGCAGUAAUUAACUCACUUGUUCCCCAGAGUUUCUAUUUGGUUUGAUUUUCUUUUUCUGUGACUUAUUUUCCUAUUUUCUUUCCUCCAUGUAAUUUUCACUAUGGCCCAACUAAUAUAAACACCUGGAAAUUACAAGGAAAAAAAACUCUUCCUCUAAUAACUUUCCAAAUUUGUGGAAUAUUUAUUUGUAAUAGCAGUUAUCAGUUAUGCUUAUAUAGCAUUAAAAAUUCUCCUCCUUUGACUACACACGCAACCACAGUGUGGUUCUAAUCAUGGAGAUAUCAGUAAUUUUUAGUAACUGAAUUUUGAGGACAUUUCUCUGUUUAGCAUGUAUGCAAACUGAUGUGUAAUCUGAGGUUCCAAAGUCAAUUUUUUUUUUUUUUGAGAUGGAGUCUUACUCUGUCACCCAGGCUGGAGUGCAGUAGCACAAUCUUGGCUUACUGCAACCUCUACCUCCUAGGUUCAAGCAAUUGUCCUGUCUCAGCCUCCCGAGUACUGGGACUACAGUCUUGCGCCACCAUGCCUGGCUAAUUUUUGUAUAUUUAGUAAAGAUGGGUUUUCGCCAUGUUGUCCAGGCUGGUCUCAAACUCCUGGCCUCAAGUGAUGCACCUGCCUCAGCCUUCCAAAGUGCUGGGAUUACAGGCAUGAGCCACCACGCCCGGCCAAAGUCAACUUUCAAAAUCCAACCCAUAAUUGGUGAGGGGGGAGUUUCAGAAUUACAUAGAAAAAUUAAUAUUUGAAAAAAAUAAUUCUGAAAUUUCGAAUUUAAAAACAGAUGUGCUGCUUCUGGGUGUAGGUAGUAAAAGUAUAGGAAAAGAACUGUUUCCUUAGAAGCAGACUGUGGAACGGCUAUGUAGAAUGUCAAAGGGCAACAAGAGCCUGUGUUUUUAAUGUCAUCCUGUACUCGGCACAAAUCAAAGGCCAAUACAAGUCUGAAAAGGAGAAAUAAAUAUUUUUCCAGGUUUUUGCUUGGGCACAUACUAACUGCUUUGGGCAUUCUAAUCUGGUCUCCAAACACCAAAGACCCAUUUCGAGCCUGCUAUUAGCUUGCUGCUGACUCUAUCACUUGGAGCAAUAAUGUGGGGUUAUGGUGGUGGAAUCUUGUAUAUUUUUGUCAAAAAUAAAACCGUGAGUUAAGGGGAUAGAUAUAGAUGGAAAAAUACACAAAUAAAUACAGUAUGAAAACACAUGGAAAUGUGUCUUUGUCAAAUCUGAAUCAUUAUUACCAUCACAAAAAUUCUUCUCUUGGCCAAUAUCUCAUUUCCCUAUAUAGUAUACAAGCACCAUUUCUUCUCAAUUUUUAAGAAGAGAAAUUAGUCCAUUACCACAGGGGUUCUUGUCACUACUAAUUAUACAACAAUCUUUUCCCAACAAAAUGAUGUCCUCCACAACCUUUGUUUUCAAAGCAGACAGCAUCUAUGUGGCCAAAUAUACUUUGGGUUGUUCUUGAGGAUACUGGUUUUGGGCUGAUGACUAUGGUGGGCAACAUGGAUCCAUUGGGCUCCUUCUGCUAAACAGCCACACUGAAAUGGUUUAAAAGCAAGUCAGAUCAGGUGAUUUGUAAAAUUGUAUUUAUCUGUACAUGUAUGGGCUUUUAAUUCCCACCAAGAAACAGAGAAAUUAUCUUUUUAGUUAAAACCAAAUUUCACUUUUCAAAAUAUCUUCCAACUUAUUUAUUGGUUGUUACUCAAUUGCCUCUAUAUAUAUGUGUGUGUGUGUGUGUGUGUGUGUGUGUGUGUGUGUGUGUGUGCGCGCGUGCGUGUAUGCGUGCACAUGUGUAUGUGUAUUAUCAGACAUAGGUUUCUAACUUUUAGAUAGAAGAGGAGCAACAUCUAUGCCAAAUACUGUGCAUUCUACAAUGGUGCUAAUCUCAGACCUAAAUGAUACUCCAUUUAAUUUAAAAAAGAGUUUUAAAUAAUUAUCUAUGUGCCUGUAUUUCCCUUUUGAGUGCUGCACAAUGUUAAUAUAUUAGUGUAAAAGCGGAUGAAACAACCACGUGUUCUAAAGUCUAGGGAUUGUGCUAUAAUCCCUAUUUAGUUCAAAAUUAACCAGAAUUCUUCCAUGUGAAAUGGACCAAACUCAUAUUAUUGUUAUGUAAAUACAGAGUUUUAAUGCAGUAUGACAUCCCACAGGGGAAAAGAAUGUCUGUAGUGGGUGACUGUUAUCAAAUAUUUUAUAGAAUACAAUGAACGGUGAACAGACUGGUAACUUGUUUGAGUUCCCAUGACAGAUUUGAGACUUGUCAAUAGCAAAUCAUUUUUGUAUUUAAAUUUUUGUACUGAUUUGAAAAACAUCAUUAAAUAUCUUUAAAAGUA